AUGGCCAGUUCCAGUAACCCCAUUCUGGAAGUUUCUGCCGAUUCCGAUCAAUAUAACCGAGCCAGAGCUCAACAUAAUGAAAGGGCUGAUCGGAAAGAGGAGGAGAGGUCUCAGAAGCGCCAGAAAGGGCCCAAGUAUGGCAGUGCGACUGAGAGUGAUUCUCAGGUAGAUUCUGAUGCAGGGUUUGAAUAUCCAUUGGAGGAGAUAAACACCACUGAAGAGGAUUCUGAUGCUGUAGAGGACAAACAAAAGAUGCAGCGAUAUCUGGAUUGGAAACUGCGAAGACGAGCCGCUCCUGAAGCAUCAUCCAGUGAAUCUGAUGAAGAUCUCCCUGAAGUUUCCAGUGACGAAGGGGAUGAAGAAGAUAGUGAUGAUGAGAGCUCGUCAUCAGGCGAUGAUGAUACUUCCCCUGCUCCAUCAGGCAACAGUUGCAGUAAACGGUAUGAGGAAGAUGAGGACUGGAGUUACGAUGAGGAGGAAUUUUAG